GUGUAUUGAGCACUCACGAUUCCAUUAGGGCAUGGAUGGGCAACUCCGGUCCCGGAGGGUCGCCGUCCCGCAUGUUUUCCAUGUCUCCCUCUUCAAAUGACCAGGAUCGUUCUCGGGCUCCCGCCGAGCUUGCUGAUCAGCUGAUCAUUUGAAUCAGGUGUAUCGGAGGAGGGGGGCGGCGGAAAGUUGCGGGACAGCAGCCCUGCAACGACCGCGCGGUCAACUUGAGUGAGCUGUCGCGUGUCCCCAGGUGACUUUGAGCAAGCGGCGGGAUACGCCCUGACAUUGUCGAUCCUCGGUCACAUCGGGACAGCCGCGUCAGGAAAUCAACUUUGAAGCCUUAUUGUCCACUUGCAAAAACGCUGCAGUCAUUUUUCUGUGAACAAAUUAUUGACUCAAUAGCGUUUUAGUAGAAUCGAUGUGCGACAUUAUUUGAAAAUGGUGUAAACUACGUUGCCAGAACAACAACAACAAAAAAAGUUAUCUGGCGUGGCGUCCCACUCACCCGUUGGUGCGUUCGGGUUCCAUUUAAAACGCAGAACUUUUCAGCACGCGCGCACACGCACACACCGAGGCACGAGUCCAGAGGCACCGGCCGGGUCGGCAAUUUGGUUCGACUUCAUCAAGUUCGAAAGGGGUGAAUGAGAACAUGACCGGUGUUGUACUCCAGAGAAGGUUCGAAGUCCAAACGUUUCAGCUCCAUUGAAGCCACGUUUUGCAGUGCACUUCUCCUUCAGCAGAUCGCACAGCCAUGGCCAGCGUCGGAGCCGGAGCGGAGAGGCGUCGCGGCGGCCAAGCCCCGGGCCCCGACGGAGGCUGGGGCUGGGUGCUGGUCGGGGCCCUUUUCGUCAGCACCGGCCUGGUGUUCGGGCUCAUGCGCGGCAUGGGCAUCUUUUUCGUGGAGUUGGUGCAGUACUUUGAGGAGAGCGCUCAAGCCAUCUCGUGGAUUUCCUCCAUCGGCCUGGCGGCGCAACAAUUCUUCAGCCCCCUGGGUGCCGCCUUGUCCAACGCGUACGACGCGCGGCCGGUGGUGAUGGCGGGAGGCUGCUUGGCCGGGCUCGGCCUCAUCCUGGCCUCGCGGGCCACCUGCCUGCUUCACCUCUACCUCACAAUGGGCCUCCUUUCAGGGUUGGGCUGGGGCCUGGUCUUCACGCCCAUGGUGGCCACCGUCCUGGCGAGCUUCACCCAGCGGCGCAGCUUUGCCCUGGGCCUGGCGUUCUCCAGCAUCGGCCUGGCCUCGUUCACCUUCAACCCCCUCUUUCAGUUCCUGGUGGAGACGUACGCCUGGCGCGGGGCCCUGCUCAUCAUCGGGGGGCUCAGCCUCAACAUCGUGCCGUGCGGGGCGCUCAUCCGACCGCGGCGGCGGCAGCAGCCCAACGACCUUGUGAAGGUGGAUAGCGAGAGCAGGUGGUCAUGCGGCGGCGUGUUUGGGCGAGUGGCCUCCUACUUGGAGCUCUCGCUGCUGUGCGAGAGGCCUUACCUCACCUACACCUUGGCCCUCUCCCUCCUCAACGUGGGCUACUUCGUGCCCUACGUCCACCUGGUGGCCCACGGCAGACACGCCGGCUUCUCCGAGUACCAGGCCGCCUUCGUCGUGUCCGCCGCCGGCGCGACCGACAUCGUGGGGCGCGUGGCCUCGGGCUGGUUCUCGGACCUGGGCCACUUUCGGCUCAUCCACCUGCUGAGCGUGUGGACGGCGCUCGCCGGCGUGUUCAUCAUGCUGCUGCCCGUGAGCACCCUGUGGGGCUCCUACGCCGCCCUGGUGGCCGUCGGCCUCCUCUACGGCUUCUGCUCGGGGGCGCUGACCUCGCUGGCCUUCACCGUGGUGCCGACGGUGGUCGGCGUCGAGCGCGUGAUGGGGGCGCUCGGGCUGCUGCAGCUUAUCGAAAGCUGCGCGGGACUGCUGGGAUCUCCUCUGUCGGGGCUGCUCCGGGACAUCACGGGGGACUACAUGGCCUCCUUCGUGGUGUCAGGCUGCUUCCUCAUCCUCAGCACGCUCACCAUGGCCACUCUGCCGCACUAUUUCUCGCGCACGGAUCCGCCGCCGAGGCCGCUGGCAGCGGCACCAACGGUGCCAGUGGCCGAGACGCAACAUCUCAGCUCAGAGACAGAGAAGAUGAAUGAGUUGCCGGACGACGCCAAUCACUGACGUGCCUACGCCACUCACAAAAAUUCAGGAAUAUUUAUUGGACUUGGUGUAUUGACAAGUUGAGAGAAGGUCGCCU